GUCAUCUUCACGCGCCGCAGCGUCCCGCUGCUCAGCAACCGCCCCCUGUCGCACCUUGAUGACUUUCCUCCCCGCGCCGCCGGGCCCGCCGCCAUGGCGGAGGUGAAGGUGAAGCCGGAGGUGCCCGACCCUGUGGAUAUAGAGAGCAGGAUCAUCGAGCUGUGUCACCAGUUCCCUCACGGCAUCACAGACCAGGUGAUCCAAAAUGACAUGCCCCACAUGGAGGCCCAGCAGCGAGCCAUGGCCAUCAACAGGCUGCUCUCCAUGGGGCAACUGGACCUUCUCAGGAGCAAUGCAGGUCUCCUGUAUAGAAUCAAAGAGUCUCAAAAUGCAAGUAAAAUGAAAGGCUCCGACAAUCAAGAGAAGCUGGUUUACCAAAUUAUAGAAGAUGCAGGAAACAAAGGUAUUUGGAGCAGGGACAUUAGGUACAAAAGUAAUUUGCCUUUAACGGAGAUCAACAAGAUACUGAAAAACUUGGAAAGCAAGAAACUAAUUAAAGCAGUUAAAUCUGUGGCGGCAUCCAAGAAGAAGGUGUAUAUGCUGUAUAACCUGCAGCCUGACCGAUCAGUGACUGGUGGGGCCUGGUACAGUGACCAGGACUUUGAGUCUGAAUUUGUGGAGGUGUUAAAUCAACAGUGUUUUAAAUUUCUACAGAGUAAGGCAGAAGCAGCUCGAGAGAGCAAACAGAACCCCAUGAUACAGAGGAACAGCUCAUUUGCCUCCUCCCAUGAGGUGUGGAAAUACAUCUGUGAACUGGGAAUCAGUAAGGUAGAAUUGUCAAUGGAAGACAUUGAAACCAUUUUAAAUACACUAAUAUAUGACGGAAAAGUGGAGAUGACUAUUAUUGCUGCAAAGGAAGGGACAGUAGGCAGUGUGGAUGGACAGAUGAAGUUGUACAGAGCUGUUAGUCCUCUCAUACAACCUACUGGAUUAGUCAGAACACCCUGCGGACUCUGUCCGGUUUUUGAUGAUUGCCAUGAAGGUGGUGAGAUUUCUCCAUCUAACUGUGUUUAUAUGACAGAAUGGCUGGAGUUUUAAGGUGAAAGAAAACUGUAAACUCGAUUCAUUCUUCAUAGCUAAGAUGACAAAGCAGCUUGCUUUUACAAAAGUGGACUUCUAAAUUUGUGAGCAACUUCAAGACAUGAUGUUCCUUUGUUUUUUUUAAGUAAACAUAAAGCUGCAACGCAUCAGUUGUGUGAGCAGUCCUGUUAGUGGACUGAAAAUCAAACCAGCACUGAAGAUCAAGGCUGAAGUGAAAACACAGAUCCCAUCUUGUACAAAAUGUGGGUGUGUGACUUGAAAGGUGCCAUGGAACAGCUGUGUGGUGAUGCCUCACAUUCAAGGAUUGCACUGAGUACUCAACAGGCGCUUACUUUGAAAGAAAAUAAGUCAUCAGCUGAUCAGAAAAACUUGCUAAUGAGCGUUGCCAAGAAUGAGAUCCUAACCUUUGCUUUCAGACUUAUAGUGCUGGUGGGAGCGUACGUCCUAAGGCUGACACUUUUUUCCCUAUGAUAGUUAUGUCAAAUAGAAAUCAAUGAUUUUUUUACCAUCAUUCUUACCUGCUAAUCUAUGAUUAAAACUGUAUUUGAUUUUUUUUCUUAUCUAUUUUUGUGCUUCACUUUCUUCACUGCUGUCAGAGUCUAGUGAUGUUUCUGUUGCAUUUAUUGUUUAUUGCUACAGGAUCAUCUAAUCUGUGUUUUUGUGUUCUGGCAGCUGCAUCGUGCACAUAAAUAUGUCAGCUGAAAUUUUGAA